AUGGGUAAAGAAAAGAAUCUCCUAAUUGUGAAAAGUAGCAAAAUAACUUCUAAGCUGGUCUCAAAAGCAAUUAGUAAGGUAGUAGCUGCCAUAUUUAGUAAGGGUAAGAGUAAAGAGAAGGAUAAAACCUCGUCAAGUUCUGAAAAUAAUAGAAAUAAUAAUAGUGAGACAGAAACAUCAAAUAGUUCUAGUAGUUCUAGUAAAUCACACAGUUCAAAAGAUAAGAGGCAAAUGCCAAAAGCAUUAACAACAAGCCAAUCAGCUCAUCUCAGA